CACACCACGCGCGAGCACACGCAGCCAAAUGAUAGAAAUAAAAACAUAUAGGAUAUAUUUUACUAAUAAGAUAAAUGCAGGACAAAAGUAAUAAUGGAGCGUGUGAAAUGUUUUUUGCCAUUUUCUCCAAGGAUCAGUACCAGUUGAUGGAAAAUAUUAAAUUUCACAAAGACUUACAACAAAUAAGUCGUUGAUAGAUGUUACUUUUUUCUCAACAUGAAAAGUUGCUUUAUCAACGACUGAUUCAGAAGAUCAGUCUCCAUACGAGUCUUUCAUCUUCCUUUCAGACUAACCAAAUUUGGUGUCUGAUUCAGAAGAUCAAUCUCUAUAUAAGUCCCAAAGAUCCCUUCCUACAAUACCAACUAUGAACUUGCCCAAUUCUAAAAUGUUGACUGCCUUAGAGUUGCUCUCUGCCUCUUUCUUUUACUUGUUCUUUUUCUCGAAGCUAAACUAUUGUUCAUGUGUUGGAGAUGUUAUGAUUGUGUGUCAAGAGAUUGAAAAACAAGCCCUUUUGGAUUUGAAGCAAUCCCAAGAAAAUCCCUCCAAUCUGUUGUCGUCUUGGGCUGAUGAAGUUAACUGUUGCAACUGGAAAGGCGUAGUUUGCAACAAUUUCACUGGCCAUGUCCUCGAACUUCAUCUUCGAGGUUAUAACCUAAAUGCCAAGAUCAAUUCUUCCCUACUCAACCUUAAUCAUCUCAGGUUUCUUGAUCUGAGUGGGAAUAACCUCUCAGGGAAGUUUCCUUCCUUCAUUGGACUAUUCAUGCACUUAAGCUACUUGAAUUUAUCUAAUGCUGGAUUUCAUGGAACCAUUCCUCACACAGUUGGAAAUCUUUCAAAUCUACACACAUUAGGUUUGGAAUCAUCAUACCUCACUGCUGACAGCCUUGAUUGGCUGUUGGGACUCCACCAACUCCAGCACCUCAACAUGAAUGGUGUGAAUCUCAGCAAUGCAAGGAAUUGGGCACAGGUGAUCAACAGACUCCCUUCUUUGAUCGAGUUACAUCUGCAGUCUUGCAAUCUCAACUUUUUUGCCCCUGUGGAUGUUGUUAAUGUUACUUCUUUAACAAUUCUUGAUCUCUCUAAAAAUGAGUUUCACUCUGUUGUGCCCCAAUGGAUUUUUCAACUUAGCAAUCUUAUAUAUCUUGAUCUAAGCCAUAGCAACUUUGAAGGUCCGAUUCCAAGUGAGAGUAACACCACCAAUCUCCGACACAGUGAUCUUUCUUUCAAUUAUUUCUAUUCCACCAUUCCAGAUUGGCUCUACUCUUGCCAAUACCUUCGUACCAUCGAUUUUUCUGGAAACUCAUUGGACGGAACACUUUCCAAUAAUAUUGGAAAUUUAAGCACUGUCAGCACCUUAGAUUUCUUUCAAAAUCUGCUUUCCGGAAAAAUACCAGAUUCACUUGGAAAUAUCACAAACUUGAAACAUUUAACUCUUGAGAAAAAUCAACUUACUGGUGCUAUUCCAACUACCCUACAAAAAUUGUCAUCCUUGAAUUAUUUUGGAUUGUCAAGAAACAAGCUGGUCGGAAACAUUCCUGAGUGGCUGGGGCAACUUUCAAAGUUGGAUGCUAUUUCCAUUGAGGAUAACAUGUUUGUAGGGGUUGUGAAUGAGAAUCACCUAGGUAAUCUCACAAAUUUGGAAAGUUUGUUUGCCUCUAGAAACCAUUUGAGUCUGAAGGUGAAACCAGAUUGGGUUCCACCCUUCCAACUUUCAAUUCUGGGUCUGGGAUCAUGGAACUUGGGUUCAGGCAGUCAGAUACCGUCGUGGCUUGAAACACAAAAGAACAUCCUUGUUCUUGAUUUAUCUGACACUGGACUCUCAGGUACAGUUCCAAAUUGGAUGUGGGAGAUUCGCAUUCUGAACCUCUCUCAUAAUAAUUUUCAUGGCCAUAUUCCAGAUGUAAAUGUUUUUGAAGAUGAUUAUCGAUAUCUCUCAUUGAGCUCCAAUCGAUUCAGUGGACCAAUGCCACGUAUACCGGAUGCCAGCACACUAGAUCUGUCCGAUAACUUGUUGAUGGGAGGUAUAACUCGAUUCUUGUGUGAUCCAACAAAUGCAACAUACAACAUCAUCAUGCUUUUUCUAGGUGGGAAUAAGUUGAGUGGGGAAUUACCAGAUUGUUGGAUGAAAUUUCCGGAACUUCAGUUUCUGGAUUUAGGUGAUAACAACUUUUCCGGCAGGAUUCCCAGCUCCAUAGGAGGACUCAGUAGCCUGCUGUCUUUGAAUUUGUAUGGGAACAAAUUCUCUGGCCAAAUACCUGAUUCUUUAAUGAGCUGCACAUAUGUACGGAAGAUUGAUCUCAGUUGUAACGAUCUUGAUGGGAACAUUCCAACAUGGAUGGGGACAAGUCUUCCCUAUCUGAAGUUUCUUAUUCUGAGUUCAAACAGGUUGAGCGGUAAGAUCCCCUCGAAUAUAUGUUACUUAAAGGGACUUCAUAUCUUGGAUCUUUCUAACAAUCAAUUUUCUGGUACCAUACCUCAAUGUGUUGACAACUUCACUGCAAUGGUGAACACAACAGUUUCAGAAAAAAAGGCUGGCGACGAAGAAGGGUUUAUCAGUGCUGUGUUUUGGGUAAUGAUGGAGAGUGUAUUCUUCACUGCCAAAGGAAGGAGAAUGCAGUAUGAUACCAUUCUUUCCAUGGUCACUGGAAUCGACCUUUCAAAUAAUAAUCUGUCUGGGGAAAUUCCGAAUGAAUUGGCAAGUCUGAAGGAAUUGAGAUUGCUAAAUUUGUCAGGAAAUCACUUGAUGGGAUCAAUCCCAAAAAAUAUUGGAUACAUGAAGGAGUUAGAAUCUCUUGAUUUAUCAAGAAACUCCCUUCAUGGUGAAAUGCCUAGUAGCUUCUCUAUCAUGUCUUCUUUGAGUUCUCUAAAUCUUUCUUACAAUAACUUGACAGGAAUGAUACCUGAAAGCACCCAAAUCCGAGGGUUUGAUCCCUCAAGCUUUGUAGGUAACAGUUUAUGUGGCCCUCCACUGACCAACAAUUGCAGCAGCUAUGAUCCAACCCAAUUUUCGAAACCAAGAGACGAAGAUGACCAUGAAGACAAUGACUCUGAGGUACUAUGGCUUUAUGUGUUUAUUUCUUUGGGAUAUACUGUGGGAUUAUCAACUGCAUGCACUGUAUUGAUCUUGAAGAAGCCUUGGAGAAUAGUUUUCUUCAGAUUAGUCGAAGAUAUGUGGGAUGUGGUAUUUGUGUACUUCUAUAUAAAAUGGAGAAGGUUGCGAAGUUUAUGAGGUUAUGGAGUUUAUAAUAAGUGUGUUUGCUUGCUGGUUUUUGGACUUGUGUGUAUGUUACUUGUUUUCUUGAAAAUCUUGGGAUUGUAUUUGUUGAAUCCUUUUCUAGUACAAAAAAGUUUCUACUAAGCCA